AUGCAUAGAAGUCUACUCUCCAACAAACAUGAUCAACGCAGAAUCACCAUGGCCGGUCGCAAGAGAAACUCCAAUAUUUGGGUUGCCAACUCAAAAAAGUACAAGCCUGAUGAGCACGUCGAUCAAAAAGAAGAAGAAACGGUGGGAAAGAGAGAAGACGAAGGCUCGCAAUCACAAUACGACCAGGAAAUGAAACAACAGCCAAAAGCCUCCAAAGACACGAAGGAAGUCAACGCCUACCCCUGGGCGAUGGAAGAGGUCCCUUGA